GCCUGCGAGGCCAGGGCCCAGGAAGUCCCCGGGGGAGGCCGCGCCCCGCCGCCCCGGGACCCGCCCCGCCGCAGCUAUAAGGGCCCGGCCCGCCUCGGCGCCCGCCCCGCACCCCAGCGCUCCUCGUGCCGAGCCGCCCCGCCAUGGAGCAGCUGAGCGCGGCCAACACGCGGUUCGCCCUGGACCUGUUUCGGGCUCUGCGCAAGGACAGUCCUGCUGGGAACAUCUUCGUCUCCCCCUUGAGCAUUUCCUCGGCGCUGGCCAUGAUCUUCCUGGGGACUCGGGGCAGCACCGCAGCUCAGGUGUCCAAGGCUCUUCAUUUUGAUGCCGUUGAGGAGAUUCAUUCAAGAUUUCAGAGCCUGAAUGCUGAUAUCAAUAAACGUGGAGCUUCCUAUAUUUUGAAACUUGCUAAUAGGUUAUAUGGAGAGAAGACCUACAAUUUCCUCCCUGAAUUCUUAGCUUCAACUCAGAAAAUGUAUGGUGCUGAACUGGCCAGCGUGGAUUUUCAGCAAGCCUCUGAAGAGGCGAGGAAGGCGAUUAAUAAGUGGGUCAAAGGGCAGACAGAAGGGAAGAUUCCGGAACUGUUGGCUGCAGGUACGGUUGACAGCAUGACUAAACUCGUGCUGGUGAAUGCCAUCUAUUUCAAAGGCAGCUGGGAGGACGAGUUCUCGAAAAAAGACACUGCCGAUGCCCCGUUCCGAUUGAAUAAGAAAGACAAAAAGACCGUAAAAAUGAUGUAUAAGAAGAAGAAAUUCCCAUUUGGCUACAUCGAGGAUCUGAAGUGCCGGGUGCUGGAACUGCCUUACCGAGGCAGGGAGCUCAGCAUGCUCAUCCUGCUGCCGGAUGACAUUGAGGAUGAGUCCACGGGGCUCAAGAAGAUUGAGGAACAUCUGACUUUGGAAAAACUGCAUGAGUGGACCAAAGCGGAGAAUCUGGAUCGCGUUGAAGUCAAUGUCUACUUGCCCAAGUUCAAGCUGGAGGAGAGCUACGAACUCAACUCCCACCUGGCCCACCUGGGUGUACAGGAUCUCUUUACUGGCAGGGCUGAUCUGUCUGGCAUGUCAGGAGUCAGAGAUCUUUUCAUAUCAAAAAUUGUCCACAAGUCCUUUGUGGAAGUGAAUGAGGAGGGUACAGAGGCGGCGGCCGCCACAGCAGGCAUUGCCACCUUUGCCAUGAUGAUGCAUGAGGAGAACUUUGUUGCUGACCAUCCAUUCAUUUUCUUUAUCCGGCACAAUCCCUCAUCUAACAUCCUGUUCCUUGGUAGACUUUGCUCCCCUUAGAGGCUGGAAGUACCAAGGUCAAGCUUAGAGCUUUGUUACCUGUACUCCCAAUAGUGGCAAUUUCGUACAUCUUGGCCAGUACAGACACUAUCCAAAAACAUCUUUAAUUCCCCUCCUAAGUGUAGCUCUGUUUAUAUACGUCUAUGAACUUUGGCGCGGGUAUCUAUUUUCCUUUUCGUUAUAGUAUAUGUGCUGCCGAAGCAAGCACAUUUCCUUUUUGUUAUAUUGACAAAAUCCAGCGAUUGCUUUGAAUGCAACGUAAAAAAAAAAAAAAAAAAAAAAAAAAAAAGGCAAGAAAUGAAAUCAGGUGUGUAGAUUCUUGACCACAUAGUAGUCUGUGAAAUUGCUAUGCUCUUCUGACAGCCCAAAGGAAACCUGAUAAUACUGUAAUUUAUUUUACAGACAGAAUUUUGGAAGCCCAAGUAGAGACACACUGAUUGUGGAAGAGAGCCUUAAAAUCAGAUAUCUGAUUGAAAUAUAGGGCCUCAAGGGCUUGGGUUAUGAAGGCAAACUUGUCUUGGCCAAUAUUUCUGAUUCCUUGUUCAACAGCAUUAGUAUUUUUUGUUGCUGUUGUUGUUCUUAUUCUUUCAAACAAUUAAAGAGCCACCUGGUGAUAGCCUGCCUUGCCUCUUAUAUUCUCCUUUAUCCUACCUGCUGUGGUGUUUGUGUGGGAUCACAUGGAGUCAAGAAGUGGAUGUCUUAUAAAAGAUGCCAAGAAAUGUCAAAAAGACUAAUGUAGUGGGAGAGAUGGUUAAGCAAAGAGGGGAUUCCAAGAUCUUACUUGUUAGCAGUCUUCUUGCGUGUUUUCUGUUAAAGGUUCUUGACUUCUGUCAUGUGAUAUGGGUUUUUAUGGCGAUGGAAUGGCUUUAAGCAAUUCUGUGGAGGGAAAUGGGAGGAUGGACUCUGAAUUAUAUACAUGUACUUCUUGGAACAAGGCUUGAAAUGCUGCAUUUUCUUGCUUCCACAAAACUUGUGGGCUGGUUAAUAAAUGUUCUUAAGAUACUGCAAGCCA